AUGGAAUUUCACAAACGCUACGCCGAAGUAAUCACUUUAUUUGAUUAUGGGCUGUUGUCCAACGUAGUGCUGAAGAAGAUAGUGGAGAAUGCAUCUCACUGGAUCACUGUAGUGAAUUCGACAAGGGCGAAGCAGAGACCAGCGUUGCGGAAUCGACCGCUAGUCGAGUACAAUAUCGGUGACAAAAAGGUGCAACCAUUCUUCAGUGCAACAAAGUCAAAUUUGGAAUUGUUGAAUCCUGGUGUUGUCGAUGAAAAAUUAUUUUCGUCAGUGGAUUCUUCCCGCCCAGACAUGAUGCGGUCACUUGCAAACAUUUGGGAUGAUGGUGUUAUUGAUGACAAAAAUUGGAAUCCGGCACCUUUAACAUCAGUUCAGUUCGAUGAUUUUGCUAGAAGUAUUAAUGUUGAGCUUCCAGUGUCAAAGAAACCGAUUAAAGAUUUCUCUAAUUCUGUCGUGACGACUGAUCAAAUGGCUGCUUUGACUAAAAAUAUCGCCAAUUUACGUACAAGCGAUGAGAGGUCGCUUAACAUACCAUGUGUUGAAGAAAUAACGCAACGCAACUAUGGUAUUGAGAAUGUGCAGUCUUUUGAUUUGGCUUCUCCAUUUCCAAGUCGUGAUGAAGUCGACUGGAGUAAUCCUUCGUUUACAGCUGAUACUUUUGCUGGCUGGAGAAGUAAUAUCGUAGAGCCUCCUGUCGUAUCGGUGGCAGCUCGUAUAGCUUCUACUCGUCAUGAACGUCUGCCAUUUUCAUCAAACCCUUCAUAUGGGACGAUUGGUAAUCAUGGAUAUAGAACUAAUUCUUUUGGAACUGAUACAGCAAAUAUUAAUCUUGGGCAACAGUCAGCGCAAGCAUGGAAUCGCAUCCGCUUUCAACAAGCUGCACAGGCUGCUAGCAAUGAAUAUGAAAGUUUGACUAAUCUGCUUAGUUCGUACCGACCUACAUCUAGUUCACAGCAUCAUUCCUCGCCUUCACAGCAGCAUCCUCAGUCAGUUUUACCUGUCGGUAAUGUUAACUAUAGUGCUUCAUCUGCAGCUAUUCCUGGAUCCACUAGCUUUGCAAUACCUGCCCCACGUUCGCAAAUUACAAAUACUUCGAUUCCUCCUCCACCAUUUUUUAAUUCUCAAAUACCACCACCAUCCCCUCUUGCUCAUCGCGCUGCAAUUCCUGUGACUCAUUCUACAACGAAUUUGUCUUGGCAGUCACUUGCGUUUGGUGGGCAAACACAGGCGAGCAACGUCACAGAAAAUACCAUGUAUCCGCAGUAUUCGAGUGCUACACGAGGAAACUGGAAUUAUAAUUGGUAG